AUGGAAGAAGCAACACAAGAUGCAAACCAGGUGCUGGUAGUGGCGUGCAACAUCUACGGAAGCUCCGAGCAGGAGGUCAGCGUAUCCCUGCCCGCCUCCACCACAACCAAGGCGCUCCAUCGGCUCCUCACAGCCGAAUUGGGUCCGCCGCCGACGCCAGGACAUUCUCUCCACAUCAUCAACGUCAAGAUCGACGACGACUCCACCCUGUCCACCGUGUGGCCGCAAAGCACAACGGUGACGCUAUCCUGCCGAUGGGAUGCCUACGCCGUGCCCUAUCCUCUCACGCGGAACCAAGAUCAGGCAACCCUCGCCACUUUGGCCGAUGACAGGAUGCCUAAGGAGCUGCAGGUCAUGCUUGACCCCAACAGACAUGUGGAUAACAUCACACCCUUCACCGAAGGCAUAUAUGCGUGGGUAGCCGAUCAGGGGGAAUGGUCGCAUGUCAAGUGGCUCGUCGAAGCGCCCCAAGGGUGCCCGUUCGAGGGGCUCUUCCUCCCCGACAGGUGGACUCCGCGAGGCUCAGUCGUUCAGCUGCUGCAGAUGUUUCGGCAGCAGCUGAAGAUGGAGAAGUUCAGCUCCUGGUGGGACCCAGUCAUUACCGGACUGCCACAUCUGGAAGCUGCCAUCGGACUGUGGCAAACGGAUACAGAAGGGCAGCUCAAGAAAGCCAGGGCCAUGGCUGCAUGCUUUGCACGACCUAUGGCUAGAGUCCAAGAGUUGAGCAGGCGUGAGUUGCGCGGGUGGGCUGUCGUGAUCAAGACUGCUGAGUGCUGA